AUGGAGAGAGAAGGCCCUUGUUCUUACCUCUUACUACCCUUGGUUUCUACCUACCAUCUGACAUGGUACUUCACCACCUGGGCCCAGUACCCGCCAGGCCUGCGACGCUUCAAGCCUGACGACCUCAACUCCUGCCUCCGUACUCACCUGAUCUAUGCCUUUGUUGGAAUGGGGAACAAUGAGAUCACUACCACUGAAUGGAAUGCUGUGAGUCUCUACCAAGCUUUCAAUGGCCUGAAAAACAAAAACAGCCAGCUGAAAACUCUCCUGGCCAUUGGAGGCUGGAACUUUGCAACUGCCCCGGAAGUCCUCAAGUCCUUGGUGGGAGAGAAAUGCAUGAAGCAGGAGACCAAGCAGAUCAACAAGCCUAGGCUGAUGGUGACCGCUGCAGUAGCUCCUGGCAUCUCCAACAUCCAGUCUUGCUAUGAGAUUCCCCAGUUGUCCCCGUACCUGGACUAUAUCCAUGUCAUGACUUAUGACCUCCACAGCUCCUAGGAGGGCUACACUGGAGAGAACAGCCCCCUCUACACAUACUCAACUGACACUGGCAGCAACACCUACCUCAGUGUGGAUUAGGUCAGGAACUACUGGAAGGACAAUGGAGCCCCAGCUGAGAAGCUCAUCAUUGCAUUCCCAGCCCACGGACACGCCUUCAACCUGAAACCUUCCAACACUGGCACUGGCACCCCUACCUCUGGCGCUGGUUCUGCUGGACCCUACACCAGGUAGGCUGGGUUCUGGGCCUACUAUGAGAUCUGCACCUUCCUGAAAAAUGGAGCCACUCAGGUAUGGGAUACCCCUCAGGAUGUGCCCUCUGCCUCUCAGGGCAAUGAGAGGGUUGGUUAUGACAACGUCAGGAGCUUCAGUAUCAAAACUCAAUGGCUUAAGCAGAACAGUUUCGGAAGUGCCAUGAUCUGGGCUGUUGACCUGGAUGACUUCAUUGACACUUUCUACAACCAGGAAAAGUCCCCCCUCACUGCCCUUGGCCUGCAGAGCACAAGUUGCACCACCCCUGCUCAGUCCACGGAGCCAGUAACUCCUGUUCCCAGCAGCAGGAGCGGAAGUGGGAGAGAGACCGGGAGCAGCGGUUCUGGAGGCAGCUCUGGCGGCAAUGGAUUCUGUGCCAGCAAAGCUGAUGGUCUCUAUCCUGUGGCAUAAAAGAGAAAUGCCUCCUGGCACUGCCUGAAAGGAAUCAUAUACCAGCAGAACUGAUAGGCCAGGCUUGUCUUUGACACAAUCUGUUUUAUCGUUGCAACUGGGCACAAACCUGACCCGUGUCUCAAUUCCCAUGGGUUCUGA